GCAUCCUGAGCUGACAGCAGUGUGUGUUUGUGCCCCUGUCACUGGAACACGCAGUGAGGGAUCGCAGAAAGGAACCCUGCUGAUGUCAUCGCCUGCAUUUAUCGCCACAACCUCGCCUGGGCAGUUCAGUAUUUUUGUGCAUUGCUCACUUUCUUCUCCCACGCUUCAUAAUUCCUCCUAAAAGCUGGUAUUGUUCUGGUUAACCCUUGCCUCACUGUCAUAUUGUUUCUUUGUCUGCUUUCUCUUUUAUUUUUACCCCCUUAAAGGCGGUAUACUGCAUUUUACAUCCUCUUGGUAACACCCACUCUCACUUUUUUCACUUCGUUACAUUUUUAUUUUCCCACAGUGCAAAAACAACUUUUUUUUUUUUUUGUAUAUUUUUGCUCCUUUCUAUUUAUUUAAUAUAUUUAUUGGAGCUGUACCUCUUCUCUGCCCUGCUUAUUCUCUUUUCUCAAUUAACCCCCCCACCCUCCCCUUCUCUACACACUCACACUGCACAUUGUUGUCACUACACUUAAUGGUGAUAGCAACAACUGCUUCUCUUACACCAGCCUUGGUUGCAUACUUUUUAGACCAUAAGAAAAAAAAAAUUUAAAGAAGCUAUUGGCAAAAUAUUGUAUGGUCGUUGGACAAAAGACUACCUAGAAGAGACUAAGAGGCCCAUUUUACCACGCGGAGAGCUGAUAAUUGUAACAGACAAGGUAAAGGAGGACAAGAUGUCACGUCGCAGUAAACGACUGGGGACUGUUGAGCAGGAUGAUGACCGCAUCAGCAACAGCAGUGUAGAGAGCCAUUUGUUAUACAGGGAGAGUCCAGCAAGGAGCUUAAGAAGAACGAUCACAACCAUUAAACUGCCUAACCCACGAAAAACAACAGAACGCUCCUACUACAGUGAGACAUCUAGCUACAUUAGUAGAGACAAAGGAGAUGUGGCUGCAUCCUUACAAGACACAAGCUAUGCUGGAACAUACUGGGGAGAGGGUGACCUUGUACGAAAGCGGAUGGGUACAGAUGUCCCGUAUAACAGUAGCAGCAGCAGCAGCAGCAAGAAUGGAUUCUCCGAAACUCAGCUAACCUAUGACAGAUCUACCUCUUCAUCAGGCUAUUCUUCAGAAGAAGAUAACACAGGUCAAUAUCAUUCAGAUGAUUAUUCCACCCAAGGCUCCUGGUGGAGAAGAUGGACUAGGUGUGUGCGUGAGCUCCCUUGGCUUCUGCUUUCAUAUCCAGGACGUUUGUUUGGUCUUCUCUAUUGGUGGUUUGGUACAACAUGGUAUCGUUUAACUACCUCUGCCUCUCUCCUUGAUGUUUUCAUCUUAACCAGGCAUUAUGGAGUUUUGAAGAAGGUGCUGAUGAUCCUCCUACUUCUGCUAAUAUUAUCCCUGAUUGCUACAGGAUUGUGGCAUUUCUAUCCAUUUGGUCUUCAGAAUUUGGCCUCUCUUCCUGUUUCUUCUUUUUUUUCCUGGAAGCAGAAACACAUUGCAGAUGACGUUGUGACAAAAGAAGACCCAGGACCACAAACACAACCUCCCUUCUCUCAGAUGGAAUUAAUCUCCCGUUUAGAUUCACUUGAAAAAAGGUUCCAGGGUCUUGAAAAUCAUCAAAAGAAGUUGAAGAAUGGUGAAAAGAAUAAUGCAGUUGGGUCUGGACCUAGUCGAGAUCAGAUAGCCCAGAUCUUUAAAGAACUAUCAAGCCACAGAGAUGCAAGCCUGAAAGAAAGUAUUCUUGAGGAAGGAUCAAACAAAGCUAUGAAUGAUUUGAAAAUUCUGAGAGCAGAACAACAGGGAAACCUUCAGGAAAUUCUCGAGAGAAUGCGUCAAUUGUCCAAGGAAGUCAAUGGUCAGAUUCUACAGCUCAAGAGAGAAUUAAAAAGUCCAUCCCAGGAAGAGCUGAGAGGAACAUUUAUGCUGGAAAUGAGAAGGUUGGAGAAGGGCCUAGUGGACCUUCAAGAACAGGUUGAGUCUGUGAAGAACACCCAGGGUAAGAUGUCACAGGAGAUGGAGGAAGUCCCGAGAAAAAUUCAAGGAGUCAAAGAUGAGGUAGAGUUGCUCUUUCAUGAAUGGCUUAUGGUUCAGACUGACCCAAAUAGCAGUUCUGGAUCUCUUUCUAAGCAUUUCCUGCGUCGAGAUGAACUGCAGGAAUAUCUGUUGGACCUGGAGAAGAAGAUAUUAUCUGGUUUGUCUGCAAACAAGCAGCAAUGGGCAACACAAGCGCACCACACCAUAGAAAGAGAAUUACAGGCAGGAGGAUUAUCUGGAGUGUCAAAGGAGGAAGUCCAUGAUAUUGUGAAUCGGGCCCUGCAGAGAUACAGUGAGGAUCGAAUUGGCCUGGUAGAUUAUGCUCUGGAGUCUUCAGGAGCCAGCGUUAUAAACACCAGAUGUUCUGAAACCUAUGAAACAAAGACUGCUCUCCUUAGUCUGUUUGGCAUUCCGCUUUGGUAUCAGUCUCAAUCACCUCGAGUUAUUCUUCAGCCAGAUUCAAAUCCCGGUAACUGCUGGGCCUUUCGCGGGUCCCAGGGGUAUGCUGUCAUCCGUCUAUCCAGCCGUAUCAGGCCAACUGCAGUUACACUGGAUCACAUCCCUCGCUCAUUGUCCCCAAAAGCCACAGUUUCCAGUGCACCCAAGAAUUUCUCUAUCUUCGGAUUGGAUGAAGAGACAGAGAAAGAGGGGCUUCUUCUGGGUAAUUUCACUUACAAUCAGAAUGGAGACCCCAUACAGACAUUUGUCAUAGAGGGAGACAAGACAUCUACCUACCAACUGAUCGAGCUAAGAAUCCAGAGCAACUGGGGACAUCCAGAAUACACCUGUAUCUAUCGUUUCCGUGUGCACGGAGAGACAGAAAUGUAGGAAUGUGCAAUGGAAUAAUUUUUGCUUGACUGCCUCAUUCAUAGAGGCCUUCUGAAGAUGUAUGAAUGCACAUUAGAUGAGAUGUGCUUCAUGUGAAGGCACUUUCUGUUUAUUACCUUUGGCUCUCGUGACUGGUUGCAGUAUUAAUUGAAAGAAAGAAAAUAAACACACCCACCGCAUCGCUACACAUUGUAAAUAAAAUUACUUUGAUCAAAGGCUGGUCCAAAGAAGACUUAAUAUAUUACAAUUUGUUUCCACUUCAAGUAAAAACCCACCUGUAUUAUACAGAAUCUGGGAGCUUUACAAAACCUAUCUUUAAAAUCCUUCAAGGAAAAUCUGCAACAACCUUCUCAAGAAUCAGGCAGAGAAUGUAGAACAAUACAUGCACUUAUUUGUACUUAUUUUGUAUAAAUAUGGACUGCAGCUGUAUUAGUCCAGUGAUGUAGAUGCAAAAUAAGAUACCACAGUACAUUAUUUUUUUUCUUGAACAGCACUAGCAGUAUUUUUAAAUAACAUGGUUUGGAAAGAUCCACCCUUGUAAUCAAAGGAUAAAGUAUUUUAGAUUUAAUAAACUGAGGAUCUCCCAAAAGAUGAGCUGUCCAAAAUUGGUUACCUAACUAAAAAGAUAUUAGGAGAUGCUCUGAUAAUCUGCAUGUUGCAUCUGUAUAUUUAUGUAUAACAUAUGGAUCCAGUUGACAUUAAUCUGACACAGUAGUGGCUCAUCAGAAGUUCAUUGCAUAAAAGAGUGAAAAUGAAGAGUUUAUGUACGUAAUUAUGUACGUACAUUGUGGAAUGUAUCCAACUUUUGAUUGGUCCAAGAGGUUGUCCUGCAUUUUACAGCACACAAGAAGAUGUCCUUACUUCUUUUAGCAUCUGAGUAUUUUGUAGUCACUGACCAUGAUUGAAUGUAAACUGCUGUCUAGUUAGUGGGUUGGUGUUUUUGGCUCAUCAAACACGGCUUUAGUUUUAAAACAUGGUGUUCUAUUUAUAUUUAUAUUUUUUUGUCUCCAAUACCAAUUUCCAGCUCUGACUGCCCUUUCUAAUAUUCAGGUCCUCUCUGAACUGUAAAAUGCAUAAUAUCACUCUGACAUAUGAACACACAUUGAACAGUUUUAAAUGUGAGCUAUAUAUUAAAUGUUAUUUCAACGGCUGAAGUACUACCCCCAUGAGCGUUGAUUUGUGCAUUGAAUAACAUGUAACUUAAUCAUGGUGCUAGACAAACGACCGGUAAAAUGUAUACUUUGCUAAAUAUUUCUUUAACCGUGAUGGCUAGUACAUGUAGGAUUAUCAUCAUGAAGAGCAGUUCAGAAUUGCAGACAGUUUUAAGGCUGUUUGUAUGCGAAACACUGAAUCAUGUAUUAGUAAACACAAAACCUGUCUAGCCUUUUGAUUGCUUGCUUGCUUGAUGUAUGAUUCUAAAAAUGGCACCAUGAUUUAAAUACUUUUAAAAAACAAUUCUAUGUCGUUUUGGUGGCUCUGAAAAGGCUUCCUCAUUUGAACAAAAGAUAAUUUGUUUGCUACUUUAUCACUUUUAUUGCCAGUGCUCAAAUGGGGAAAUAUAUCAAAUUUGCAUUGUUGGAGUUACAUGACCAACUAAUCCUAAACUUUACUGGAUACAAUUACACAUACACAUCAAUAAGUGUAUAUAGAAUUUAUUUCACAAUGUUUUUAACAUCAAUGGAGUUUAGCAUUUUUAAUAAGGAUAUUCUGAAAACCAUUUGUAUAUAUCCAGUUUUACACAAAUGCAUAUUGGAAGUUUUUGUUUUUUUUGUUUGUUUUAGGGAGCAGUAGAGAUUUGGUAUAUUCAUGUAAAGAAUGUGUAAUAUGCUUAGUAAUUUUAUGUUUCUGAACUUAUGGUUUUCCACUGGUGUCUUCGUCAUAAUAAUUUACUCUGCUGGCAGAUCUCGAUACAGAAUACUCUUAUGUAUGAACAGCUUUUGUAAUGUUGAUAUACUCCUGGUUCUUUACUAGUGUGAACUGUCAGAAAUGCAAGGUGAAUAUCAAAAUUUUAGGCCAAAAUGGUAACAUUGGAGGAAAAAAAAAUCUUUAAAUCUGUUUUGGAUUUGGCUAUUUCGGACUAAAAUUUGAAAUUAAUUUUGAAUUCCCAAUAAUUCACAUGUUAGUGAAUAACCGUGCAGGAGGUUAGACCUGUGCUAGAAUAAGAUUUUAUAGUGAUGAUAUGUAUAGUUAGAUAUAUUUGUUUCCACCACCUAUUGGUACAGUUUGUACAUUGAACCUUUUUGUUCUUGGCAACUAGUUUGUGUGUUGUCUUUUUUUUUUUUUGUUUUUGUUAGAACUUUAGAGUCGUCGUAGCGCUACUUGCCAAUUAUUUAACAUAUAUACUUUUUUACAACAAAGUGAUAUAUUGCAUUGAACACUUAAAAAGUGUAGGUAUGCCUUUUAUGAGCAGCCGUACAUGUAUAAUAUAUAUUAAUAACGGUUUACAGACGGAAUUAAGAAAAAUUAGCCAUUUUAAUUCCCUCAUGCUGAAAGCAUGUAAACAAAGUGGAAAUAUAACCUUUCCAGAAAUUGUAUGUAUAUAGACAUCGUGUCCACAGUCUACUUUGAUGCUGGAACAAUAAUUAGAGUUUCCAAACUAAAACACAUUUAGGAGUUUUGUUACUGGUUCUAGCUCUGCAUUGUCACCAGAAAGCUACUAAAUUCAUGGGGGUGCUACAGAUGACCACAAAACAUUGCAAUACAGAUGGCAAAUGGCAUAGUAUCUGGACAUCUGUUAACUUUCUGUAUAAAUAAGCAUCCUGACCUUAACAUGGCUUUUUAAAAAAAAAAAUAUAUAUAUAUAUAUAUUAAGUAAAUGUUAAAUACAAAAAUAAUUAUCCUAAAGCAUUAUAUAUGUAAUACUAUAUAUAGUAUGAAUUUUAGAAUUGUACCAUUUAAGACAAAAGUAAUUGAGCUAGAAAGGUAGAGUUUGGAACCUCCCCGGUUUGCACUAACGUAUGCUGUUCUCUUGUCAAAACUCCACCCACUCUGGGUUAGUGAACAAACCGCUUACUGGCCCUUAAAGAUAAAUGGAGGUAUUUUAGCAUCUCUGAAUAUUUUAUCUUUCAUUCAUAGGUGUUUCAUCGAGACCUCUAUUGGAAUUCAGAGAAUGGAGCCAGGUGUAGUUUGAGACUAGUACAGAGUAAUGUUCUUUAACUGUCAGUGCUUCCAAACUCACACUUGGCAUGGUUGAAUUGAUUAAAAUGUUUAACCCCUUAAGGACACCUGACAUGUCAUGAUUCCCUUUUAUUCCAGAAGUUUGGUCCUUAAGGGGUUAAACUGCAGCAUACAUGAUCCAUAAUUGUAAAACCUGUAAAAGGAAGUCCUACUAUUAUAAAAGAACCAACAAUGAGUGUUCCAAACCCAACUUGCAAUUUAUACAUAAUUCAGUAUUGAACAAUUCUUUUGAAAGGUUAAGAUAUGAUUGUAUAUAUUAUUGUUUUUAAUUUAAUUUGCACUUCACUGCCUGACUUUAUGCACUGAUGUCCAACGAGAUCCAAAUUAAUUGACCUCUUAAAGGCAGUAUUAAUCUUUUUGCCCGAUCUGGUCUGCUGGUGUGCCACUUGUAUUAAUGAAUAACUUAUUAAACUAUAUUUAGCAAUGAUAAAGAAAGGGAAACGUAGCGAUGUAUUGCUUAUAGAAAGGUACUGAUUUGACUUUGCUGUUGAUAAAAUGAUAUUGUCUAUAUGUGUAUCACACAAUAUAUUUGUAUUCUCCUUAUGUUCCCUUGGGAAUUGAGGCAAUCCAAAUCCCAAAAAGAGCAUGGGGCAUACCCACAGGGAACAAAAAGCCCAGACCUGAGAUUUCAUAUUCUCAGAAAUAAAUGUAUUCAUAUAGGGUCUUGGGUUAAAAUGCCACGUUAUUCAAAUAACUACUGAGAAACUGUUCUUAUAACAAAAGGCAAACCAUAAACAUGACACACUAUGUAUGAACUGGCUAACAUUUUAAUGAGCCUUUUAGAAUCGCAGACUAGCAAUUUGACAGCUUCAGGAAGAAACUUAUUUAGAAUUGUGGCAACAUGAAUACAUAUCAAACUGGUUUAUAAUGUAUUUGUUUUGCUCCAUUGUGUUGAAACAGAUGUGCACAUUUUGAUAUAGUUUACAUUAUGCAUUUAAAGAAACAAUUUAGUGUUAGGAAUGCACCUUUGUAUUCCGAACCCUAAAGUUUUCUUCUGCAUUCGGGCUUCCCAUAGAAAAGCAUCGCGUUGAUGCUACUUGAGCAAGAGACUAAGAGGAAAUCUUUAGACUUGUUAACAAAACCAGGGAUGUGGCUGACUUCUGACAACUGCAUAUGUUCUGACAUUUAACAUGUCUCCUCUGUAAAAAUACAGGAUUACAUUUAUGCAGUAGACCAGAGUGUGCACAUUUUGUAGUAAAACAAGCCUCCCUUAAUGUCGUAAUGUUUGCGGCUACAGCCAAUAGAAGUGUACUUCUCACAUUAUAUUC